AUGUUGUUGCUGGUUUUAGUCUGCUGGUAUUCUAGGAAGCGAAAGCUUAUUAGUCCAAUUAUUUGUUAUUACUUGUUGGGCUACUGUGGUUGCAUAUUCGUAGCAGAUGAACUGGACAUCACUAAGGAUAAUACUUAUCAGUUAUCAAAGGUCCUUAUAGGCAGCAUGGAUGAUCUAGUGGCUGAGGAAGUGACCUCAUCAGAUCCAGCAGAGGGCGCACAGCUCCAAAGGAAAGAUAAUGAGUUUUCACUGAAACCUGAAAACAACACAUUAGAAUGCCAAGAGAUGCGUAUACCAGGUGAGGACAAUUAUUCCCCAAGCUCACGUCAGGAGUUUUUGGAGAUGUUUGACAGUCAUAGUGUAGAUAGGAAUAUGCGCCAUGUGAAUGGAUUAGAACACCAAUAUAAUAGUCUAGGCUUUAUGGAAGAUGCUGGUUUCACGGUGGAAGAGUUAACUGUGAGAAAUUGCAAUAAUCCAAACUUAGCUAUUCUUGAUACAUCAAACAAUCAAGGAAAGAUGCAAGCUAGGCAGAACUCGUGGCAACAUUUAUAUCAGCUAGCAAGUGGAUCAGGAAGUGGGAGUUCGCGGGUCAAUACUGCAUUCAGGGAUAAUGGGCAGGUAAUGCCCAAUGGCUUGGAGAAUGGGAGGUCCACAUCUUUCCCUGAGUUUUUGACUCAGAAGGCAUUUAGUGACAAUCACUAUGAAGUUGUGGAAGAAUUGACAAAUACUGGAAAUAGAGGGGUUUCAGGCAAUACUUACGCAGGUAAGGGUGUCAUUUGCAAAGAUCCAUACCAUGCGAGCUGUCAUGUUGAACCUAGAAACCUGAAUAGAGCAAGUGUGGUUGAUGGUUCUAUAUCAUCUUCUUUGGGUGGUGGUUCUAUGACAGCUUCUGAUCCAAUGCUGAGUCUGGAUGCCAAUAUUUUUAUGCCUUCUUCCAAUGGUGAGAAUGUUGGGCCCAGGCCUUGUGGCUCUGAUCAUGAUGGUAUCAGUUUGAGAGAAUGGCUGAAAACUGGACGUCCUAAAGCAAAUAAAGUUGAAUGCAUGAAUAUAUUUAGACAGAUAGUGGAUCUGGUCAAGUAUGUCGGCUUACUAGUCCAAAAGGAGAUGUCAGCGAGUAUAAUGGAUGAAGAUAUUUCUCAUUCAGAAAAUAGUUCAAUUGGAAAAAGGCUAGUCGAGCAGGAGUUUUCAUCUGUUGGUUUAUCUGCAAAGAAGCAAAAGAUCAGUCAGAACACUAGAUUGCAAUGGCCUCAGUUCCCAACCACUUCCUACGUCAAACGUGAAACUAUGAAUACCAGCUGCAUCAACAUCACUGGUCUGCAGAACAGAAGUGAUGCAUUUGAUGAACGUAACCCAGGUACAAAGCAUGGGACACGUACCAAGUCCAGCAGUCCUCAUAUGCGUAAUGCAGCUCAACAGUUGACUUCAAUAAGUGAUCAUUUGGAAGAGAAGUGGUAUAUUAGUCCCGAGGAACUCAGUGAGGGGAGCUGCACAGCUUUAUCAAAUAUCUACAAUCUGGGUGUUCUUCUCUUUGAGUUACUUGCUCAUUUUGACUCAAAUAGCGCCCUUGCUGCAGCAAUGUCCAACCUACGCCAUAGAAUUCUUCCCCCUAAUUUUCUGUCAGAAAAUGCUAAGGAGGCUGGAUUUUGUCUUUGGCUACUUCAUCCAGAUCCAUCAUCACGCCCAACAACAAGGAAAAUUCUACAAUCUGAAGUAGUUAAUGGGCUACAGGAGGUUUGUGUAGAAGAAUUGUCAUCUUCUGUGGACCAAGAGGAUGCAGAAUUGGAGUUAUUAUUGCAUUUCCUUACAUCAAUGAAAGAAAAGAAGCAGAAGGCUGCCACCAAGUUGAUGGAAACCAUUCGGUUCCUAGAAGCUGAUGUUGAAGAAGUUGAGAGGAGGCACUGUUCAAGAAAACCCCUGAUUGAUCGUUGCUUGUACAAUGAAUCCCUGAAUGGAAGGAAAAAUACAUUGGUUCUUGAAGAAGAUUCAAGGUCAGAGGGGCUUUCUCCAAUAUCUUCUGUUCCUAGUUCAAAUGAUUCAAGGUUGAUGAGGAAUAUUGAUCAGCUUGAGAGUGCUUACUUCUCGAUGAGAUCAAGAAUUCAGUAUCCUGAGACUGAUUCUACAAUACGCACAGAUAAAGAUUUACUAAGAAAUCGCAAGAAUUGGUGUGUGGCAACGAAGGAUGAAGAAAAGGAGACUGCCACUGAUCGACUGGGAGCCAUCUUCGAUGGUUUGUGCAGGUAUGCUCAUUACAGUAAGUUUGAAGUACGUGGCAUACUAAGAAAUGGAGAUUUCAACUGUUCCUCAAAUGUAAUUUGCUCUUUGAGUUUUGAUCGGGAUGAAGACUAUUUUGCUGCUGCUGGGAUCUCAAAGAAAAUUAAGAUUUUUGAGUUUAAUGCUUUCUUCAACGAUUCUGUUGAUAUUCAUUAUCCGGCGAUUGAGAUGUCAAACAAAUCAAAGAUCAGCUGUGUUUGCUGGAACAACUAUAUCAAAAACUAUCUGGCUUCAACUGAUUAUGAUGGGGUAGUCAAGUUAUGGGAUGCCAGCACUGGUCAAGAAUUUGCUCAAUACAAUGAGCAUGAACGGAGGGCUUGGUCUGUUGACUUUUCUCAAGUAUAUCCGACAAAAUUAGCCAGUGGAAGUGAUGAUGGUUCUGUGAAACUAUGGAGCAUUAAUGAGAAAAAAUGUUUAGGAACCAUCAAGAACAUUGCAAAUGCGAAUGUAUGUUGUGUGCAGUUCUCAGCACACUCAACUCAUUUACUGUCCUUCGGAUCUGCGGACUUCAGAACCUAUUGCUAUGAUCUUCGGAAUACUAAGAUUCCAUGGUGUGUACUGGCUGGCCAUGAGAAAGCUGUAAGCUAUGUAAAAUUUUUGGACUCUGAGACCCUUGUUUCUGCAUCCACUGACAACACAUUAAAGCUAUGGGAUCUUAACAAAAGCAGUAUAAAUGGUCCAUCCACCAAUGCUUGCAGCUUAACCCUUGGGGGCCAUACCAAUGAGAAGAACUUUGUGGGUUUGUCCGUUUCAGAUGGUUACAUAGCUUGUGGUUCAGAAACAAAUGAGGUUUAUGCUUACUAUAGAUCUCUGCCUAUGCCAAUCACUUCACACAAGUUUGGCUCUAUAGAUCGUAUUUCUGGAACUGAGACUGAUGAUGAUAAUGGACAAUUUGUUUCGAGUGUCUGCUGGAGAGGGAAAUCAGACAUGGUUGUUGCUGCCAAUUCAAGUGGGUGUAUAAAAGUGUUGCAGAUUAUUUAA